GAAGGGUCCAUGUUGCCCCCCGAGGUGGGCAUUUGCUGUCUGCCUGACAGGGAUGAGCCUGCCCAGAGCCGCAGAGCUGAAGCCUUGCCUCCCACAGGUACCCCGAGAGAAACCCUUCGCCUGCGGGGAGAGCCUGGAGCAGCGAUGGCGUCUCAUCCAGCACCGGAUAACCCUCACGGGAGAGGCCCUACGCGUGCGGAGAGAGCUUCAGCGUGAGCGCGGAGCGGAUCCGCCAGCAGCAGGACCCCCAGGAGCGGAGCUGGAGAUGAUCUCCCACAGGGAUCAGAAGGAGGAACUGUGGUUCUCCCACCUCCACGCCUACGAAGGGAAGGGGAAGACUGUUCUGAGUGGCACCUGUGCAGCUGAAGAUGGGAUUGUGAGCAAGAAGGAGGAGAAUGCCCACCAAGGCAUCCCCGGGCCAGUGGAGCCUGAGGGUUUACUCUCAGGAUGCUCCAAGGAGAACAGUUCCCAGAGUCCUGCACAGGACCUAGUCCUCCCACGCAGGUCAGAAAGGGUUCAGAGACCUCUGGAAAAGAGGCAAAGCCGAGUGAUGCUGCGUGGAAAAAGUUUCAGGAGGCUGCCAGAUAUUAUCCAGCAGAGAAAUCCUUCUGUGGGGAGACUGACGAUAUGUGCGGACUGUGGAAAAAGCUUCCGGGUGAGCUCCAACCUCGUCCAGCAUCGAAGAAUCCACACUGGAGAGAAACCCUUCGCCUGCGCCGAGUGCGGGGAGAGUUUCCGGCAGCGGUCACAUCUCAUCCAGCACCAGAGAAUCCACACAGGGGAGAGGCCCUACGAGUGCUCCGAGUGUGGAAAGAGCUUCAGCAUGAGCUCGAAGCUGAUCCGGCACCAGGUAACUCACACUGGGGAGAAGCCCUACAAGUGUGCCGAGUGUGGGAAGAGCUUCUCUGGGAACUCGCAGCUCAUCCAGCACCAGCGAGUGCACACUGGGGAGAAACCCUAUGAGUGCAGCAACUGUGGGAAGAGCUUCAGCGUGAGCUCAGCCCUGACGCGACACCAGCGGGUCCACACCGGAGAGAAACCCUAUGAGUGCACAGAGUGCGGGAAGAGCUUCAGCCAGAGCUCCGAGCUCAUGAAGCACCAGCGGGUCCACACUGGAGAGAAGCCGUACGAGUGCUCCGAGUGUGGGAAGAGCUUCACCGUGAGUUCAGCCCUCAUCCAACACCGACGGUUCCACAUGGGUGAGCGCCCCUAUGGGUGCACCGAGUGUGGAAAGAGCUUCACUGUGAGCUCCCACCUCAUCCAGCACCGCCGCUUCCACACUGGGGAGCGUCCCUUUGAGUGCACAGAGUGCGGGAAGAGCUUCCUGUGGAGAUCAGCCUUGCUCCGGCACCACCGGGUCCACACAGGGGAGAGGCCCUACGCCUGCGCUGACUGUGGGGACAGCUUUCGGCAGAGUGCCCAUCUCAUCCAGCACCGGCGCAUCCACACCGGGGAGCGUCCCUAUGCCUGUGCCGACUGCGGGAAGGGCUUCACCGUGAGCUCUGCGCUCCUCCGGCACCAGCAGAUCCACAGGGUUGGGGAGCCGUAGGAGGGGUGAGAGUGUGAGUGUGGGGAGCAGUUAGGUCUCAUACCCUGGGGAGCAAAGCCCGGUGUCUCUCUCCCUUUGCUCUAUUGACUGCCCUGCUUGCAGAUGGUGAAAGCAAUUUCAUUCUGGGAGAACAAGUCCUAAACGAGAGAGAUGGAAGAAGGGGAGAGUUGGUGCAAGGAGCUGAAAUGGAGGUUUGGGGAAGAGCCUGUGACGCAGCAGGGGAUGGAAGUGGUGUUCGGAGGGAUAGCUUUUGGGAGAGGGAGAGAAAGGAAGUAGUUUGAAAAGACUGGAAUGUACGUGAUGGUGUAUUUUAGAGGAAGGUAAAUACCUUGCCUUUUCUCUGUGCACACACGUUUUGGACGAUUUAGAGAAUGAACUAAACGGACCAUCUUUGAGCCUGCAACACUCUGACUAGGUAACAGCUCUUGUGUUCCCUCCCUGCCACUGCUUUCUUCAGAGGCUCUAAAUCGCCUUCCUCAGUCCGUGGGCUGGGCCUGUGGCAGAGAGAAGCCCAAAGCCUGGUGCCCCUCAGCCCCCCCAAACCCCCCACCCUGCCCUGCUGGGCUGCGUGCCAGAGCAGGCCGCAGGCAGAGGCUGGCAGUCCCAGCGAGGCUCAUCACUGCGUGGGUGUGUGGUACUUGGUGCCCACCUGGGCAGAGAGCCCCCGUGGGAGCAGAACUGUGUGUUAGCGAGGCUUGAUUGUUUCUAAAUCCGCCAAAUAAAACCAUCGUUAAAAACCA